AAUGACACAAUACAUCAAUAUGAUCGAAAAGGAUCUGAAUGAGAAUGGCAUAGAUAAAAGAAUAAGAGAUACUGUAGAAGAGCUAAAAAAACUCAAUAGCAACCCAGAUCUAAAUGAGAAGAAUGUGAUCAAAUUGAUGAGUGAAUUUGUACCUUUCAUUACGAAAUCAUCAGGUGUGAACUACCAAUAUAAUGGCCCUAUAGCUUUUGGCCUUUACACCUUUCCUGCAUUUUGUACUUUAUUGCAUAUAGCGGCCAGAUUUAACUAUGAUAGAAUAACAGAUUGUCUGAUAAAAGCAGGAGCGGAUGUUAACCCAGAAGAUGCAGUGCUGUGCACUCCUUUACAAUAUGCUGCUAUAAAUGGCAAUAUAGAAGUAGUAAAAGUCCUCAUUGACAACGGAGCAGAUGUCAAUACACCUAAUCAAUGGGGAAAAACUCCCUUAGAACAUGCACUUGAAGAAGACCAUCUAAAAGUUGCAGAGCUUCUAAUAAGUAAAGGCGCAAAUCAAUCAUGUGUUCCGGCAUACAUUAAUAAAAGAACUCACGAGAAAGGUAAAGCACCUGCUUUCAUUGUGGCAGGCAUAUCAGCUAUUGUAAUUCAACAAGUCCUUUUUCAUAACACUGAAUUAUCUAAAUAUGCAAUAAUUGGGGCAACUAUAGCAUCUAUGAUUUUAGCGGGUGGUAUUGUCUACGGAAUUGCAUAUAUGUGGUCAAAACAUGAACUUAGUAGCACAUUAAAGGAAGUGAAAGUAGAUGAUGGAUCCUCAGCUGAGAAAUUUAAGUUACACAUUGAUUAA